AUAUCCCAAUGGCUAUUUUUUAAUUAGUUUAUUUCUAUUACUUUUGUUGGCGUGUUUCUUUAGUGUUCUUCCAAAUGUCUUGUUUCGUAUUUUCUUAGCAAUGAAGUCGCGCAAGAAGGAAUCAAGUUUAACUCACAUUCCUGUAUUAUCAUUGAAGGAUUCUGAUCGUUCAAUAUCGGAUGCAGGUUCAUCGCAACGUUUGAAUCGUUUAAGUCGAGCUUUGAGUGCUUCAGUUGUUGAUUUAGACCUUGUUAAGCAAGUUUUAUGGCUCGGGGUCCCUUCUGACGCUCCUUUAGGUCACCGUGCUGAUGCAUGGCGUCUUGUUUUGGGAUACUUGCCAGUUGUAACAUCCACUAGGGCUCGUUUGCUUGAGCGCAAGCGUCUUCAUUACCAGGAGAUGUGCAAGCAACACUGUGACGCUGAUGCAGUCUGUGAUUCUGACCAGAAGACACUGAAGCAGAUUCAAGUUGAUUUGCCGCGUACUAAUCAGAGCAUUCGUUUAUUUAAGGACAAGCGUGUUCAGAAUUUGAUGGAGCGUGUGCUUUAUGUCUGGAGUGUUCGUAACCCUGCUAGUGGUUAUGUCCAGGGCAUUAACGACGUUUUAGCGGUAUUCGUAUCGGUUUUCAGCCGUCCUUAUUUGAAAUCAUAUCAAUUGGAUACUCCAGCUGUGGACCUUUUAAUGGAGAAGGAGUUGGAUGAGGUAGAGGCUGACUGUUUCUACUGUCUUUCUCGUGUAUUAUCGCAGAUGCAAGACAAUUACACUGAGAAUCAACCUGGUGUUUAUAAGUCUUUGCAACGACUGAAGGACUUGGUUAAGCGUGUAGAUCUUCGUCUUUACAACCACCUUGAGUCUAUAGGUGUUGACAUUUUGCAGUUUCCCUUUCGGUGGAUGAACUGCAUGUUAAUUCGUGAGUUGCCUUUAGACUGUGCGAUUCGCCUAUGGGACACUUAUAUCGCUGAGUUGAAUAACGGUAUCGUCACUUUUCACGAGUACGUGUCUGCUGUAUUUUUGAGUGUCUGGUCUGAGGAUCUUCUUCAGAUGGAUUACCAGCACUGUUUGCUUUUUUUACAGCGUCCUCCAACUUCUGAUUGGGGUAUCAGUGAGAUUGAUUCUGUGAUAUCUAAGGCGUUUGUGCUGAAAUCGGCAUUUCAAGACUCCCCUAAUCAUUUGCUUUAGUGGCAUGAUACACAGUGUUG